AGUGUGAAGCAGGUAGGCGGUUUCCUCCUCGUUUAUGAAUACCAUCGUCCAGGACGGUCAGAUCAGUUCGGCCAGUCGACAUGAACAAGACGAUGCUGAUUUUCACAGUUGGUGUUUUCGGGUCGAUUUUAGGAUCCUUGGGUGUGUUUGCUGAUGGACCUCCGGUGACUUGUUGCCUUGAGCUAGGAUCCAAAAAAGUGCAUUUGGAGAAAGUUUUGAACUACAGAAUACAAACUAGAGGACUGUGUCCCAUAACAGCAGUUGUGAUCCAGACUGUAUCUGGGAAAAGUCUCUGUUCUGAUCCUGACAGUAACUGGACACAGAGGGCCAUGCGGAAGGUGGAUAAAAGGAGAGAGCAGGAUCCUGUACCUGCAGAAGGAGCAUCGGCCGACAGGAGCAGAGGACGGGCAGAUCCUGUCACAACAACUGAGCCGCCAUUGAAAAGAAGGCGGAAUAGAGUAAAACCAAGACAAAAGUGUAAAAAAGAAAAGUCAAAGACAAGCACAAAAGCCCAUAAGGGUCCCAAAGAAAAGAGAUCAGAAAGAGACGGUGUAAAAGGAAAGAACAAGAAGGGAAAAAACUGUGCUAAAACAAUAUAAUUUAGUCUGUCAUUUGUCUUUGACUUUUUUUUUUCAGAAUUGCAUGAUAUAAAUUAGCAAAUUUUGAGUUAUAAAGUCAGAAUUGUGAAUUAUAAACUCAUAAUUUUAAGAAGAUUGUGGGAUUUAAACUCACAAUAGAGUGGUGCAGGGGUGACGUCAGAUCCCAGGAGUCUAAUUCACCGCUGAUUCCCUCAAGAAUUUCCUAUGAUGUUUUAUGAUGGCGUUUUUCAGUUUAUGAGUAAAAUAAAGCCUGUACUUUGAGGUUUUGUUGUACAGCGUACACUGAACACACUCACAACCCAAAAUGUCUUAUAUAGUUACUCAUUAAAAAUGAACAUAACUGCUUCAAAUUCACGUUUUCGGUAUGGGUGUCAUUUCAGUUGUAGAACAAAACAUCAAGUAUACUCAAGUUAUGUUUACUACAGGCUUCAUUUUACAGAUAAAUUUAAAAACCGCAUAAAUCUCGAAGGAACCAGCGGAGAAUUAGUCUGUCGUCAUCCCUGCACCUCUAUUGUGAGAAAAAAGGUCAGAAGUUUGAGUUUAUCUGGAGUAAUCUUGCAAUUCUGAGAAAAAUAGUCAGAAUUGUGAGGUAUAAAGUCACAAUUAUGUUUUAAAUUUCUGAUUUCAUGGCGUAAACAAGCUUUUAUGCAUUUUUUUAUUAUUAUUAUUUUAAUCAAAUCAAUUCUAUGUAUUUCUCAUAAAGCAGAAGCAAAAGAUUCUGUUUGCUGGUUAGGUCUGUAUGAAAAUUCCCCUAAUGAAUGUUAAUGUUGAUGCUUAUAAUUACUUUACUUUUUGGUAUAAACAAACCCUUUCAUAAUUCCUGGCAGCAAAAAUAUAAACUGGUUGAUUAAUCACAAAUAAAUAAAUGAUGUAAUAUGCAGAUUAUGUAUAUAUGUUUUGAAGAAGUAUUCUGCUCAGACAGAGAUUGUGCUCAGUUUAGUUUCACUUUAUGGUGUAGAAGAGGAGGGAUUUACGCAUUGACGUGCAUUGAUUGACUGAUAUUCUUUACUGUGGCUGAUGGACGGAUGGAUGGAUGGAUGGAUGAGUGGAUGGAUGGAUGGAUGGAUGG